AUGCAGUGCCCAUUUUGUCGAGAAGAACUUGGUGUAGACCAAUUGCAGCUUCACUGUUUAGUCUGCACUUCGGCCUAUGCAGGUAAAGGUUGUCAUGUGUAGCAUACUUUUGUAGCUCGUAUUACGAUGAGUUUAAACUUGAAUGUUUUGGCCUGCGAGAGUGGGGUAACAAGUGAUUUCGUUAGGAAUAAAGCCUUUGAAGACAAUGGCCCCUCAACUUUCGUUUUAUUUACGAUUUUACAGAUUCUGCCCGCGCCCCAGUUGUUCGUAGAGUGGACAGUGUUGUAGUUCGCUUUUGUUGGGUCGAGUCGAGACCUUGCAUCGAGAGAGAAGUUCAUCUCAUAAGCUCGCUGGUAAGUUUAAAACCCCAAAUAGAUAUUCCUAAGUGUCUCCGUAGGAACAGAGAUAAUUUUGAAACGUACCGUAUUAAUUUUGUCUAUUGUUACGUUACUUUGGUAAUCAGAUUUAGAAGAUAUCCGGAAGUCAGAGUUUAGAAAUUGAUUGUGGUUCGUUUGUUUACCUUUCAAAACGCAUUUCGUUGUCUCGACUUUCUGCCUUUAAAGCAACUUUUUAUUCAAAAUAAGCCGUUUUUGUUGCUCUUAAGGCCUUUGGCAAUUAUUCUUUCUUGUGUUGGUGCGAAAAUUUCUCUUCUCCUGUCUCUGUACAUGUACUAGCUUGAUUGUAUAGUAACAGCAUCUCUCUGCGAAUGGCCUUUUGUUUUCUCUCUACUUUCGUUUUCGCCGUUUCAACAAUCUUGCUUCAAGUUGUUAGGAUGGACUCGUCAAAACAAUUUGUUGGUGGUGAGACGUGUCUAACGUAACGAGAAGGUUCUUCAUUAAAUUUUAAUGGUCAUGUUUUGUCGUCGCAGAACUGAACAAAUGACUUCUUCAAAAUGAAACGAGCUUGUUAGAAAUGGCAAAUGUCUAUUGAGUUUGAGGCAAGAUAGGUCAAAGCUUGUUUUUGUGAUUUUCCAUUAACAUGUAGUAAUUGAAUGCAUUUACAGUAUUGAUACAAAAGCUUUGUAAUGACUGGCUUUUUUAAGCUAACAGGUUUUAUGUACUUGUGGCAUGAGUUUCAAAGCGUGAAUGCAACGAUCAGCCUUUUAAACUGUAACUUAAGUUUUUGGAUCAAUUUUUCGCUACAAUAGGCUGGUUCUGUGACUCUGCAACGGAAAUUUGGCGAAGGACUGUAUGAGUCAGAAACUAUUGGGGUCCCAGUUGGAGAACAUACCUGUCAGCUUGCUAUUGGUGGUGAUGUCGUCUCCACAGAACCAUUUACAGUGAAUGAAGACAGUGAUGUUAUUUUUGUUAUACUGAAAGAAGGUAAAAUACUGCCACUUAGUUGCUUUCCUUAUACCCACUGUUUGGGACUUUGGCAUGCUGCACAAAAUUAAAUGUCCUGGAAGGGUAACCAACUGAAGUCAAAGUUCAAGAUAUGAUGUCAUCAAGAGGUCUUAAUGAACUCAGUAUGGUUAUUAAUAAAUAUUGUAAUCAGUAAGAAUGAGGAUUCAUACAAGAAUACUAAUUUGUUAAUUGAACAUUGUAAAGAAUGCCUUUGAUUACUGUAAUCAGUGACAGGCACUUGCAUGACUUUCAAAUAGUUAAUUAAAAAUUUAAUGUAAUUAAGAAAAGAAGCUAGGCAUAUUGCUUCCACCCACGCUCUUUUAAAUCAUGGUGAUGGCGGCUUACUAGCUGAUGCCUAUUUAUACCUUGUCAGAAAAAGGGGCAACAAAUUAGUGAGCAAAUAAAAGGACCUCUAGUUGCAGCCAUUAGGUCACCCCUGAUGAAGGCAGUAGACAGGAGUGUCAAAACAUUGGUUCUAUGAAUUGUAACUUCUUGGUUACAUUCAUUAAAUCUUUAAACCAGAGUAGCAUCAAACCAAGUCUAACCAGAAAUUACUUCUGUCUCUGUUGUAAUAAGUAGUACGACCCACCCAUCUUGGUUGAAUUCAUCACGGGAUUCAUUUUCUAGGUUCCUCAUACAGUUCCAAAGGUAGACCUCAGUAGUGACAUCAUGGUGGGUGCAUGGUAUAUGGGUCAUGAGGUCUGGGUUAAAGACCUGGUCUGGUCAGUGUGUUACGUUCUUGGGCAAAACACUUUAUUCUCACAGUGCAUCUCUCCACCCAGGAAUAGAAAUGGGUACUGGUGAAUUGUCAGUGAAGCUUGAUGAAAUGCUAGGAGGGUUGGGGAGUAGGGAAUACUGCAAUGGACCAGCAUGUCAUCCAGGAAACUGGGAUAAGCUCUGGCUGGGUGGACCACUUGGUUUGAAUACAAACCUUACCCUUACCCUUACCCUUACCUCUACCUUUCAUCACAAUUCACUGUGGCAUCCAUUUUUUACUCUUUUGGUGGAGAGAGCAGCUGUUAGGGUGGAGUUAAUUAUUCAUUAGAAUACUGCACAAUGAAAUGAAGCCCAAAGGUCUUAAGGCAUUUGGCUAGAAUGUUUCUUACAGGCUGUACUGAUGCAAAUGUAACUCUUCUCCAGAUCCUCAUCAACAUGAAUCCAGCAUUUAUUUUGGUGAUCGUGAUAGGCGAGCAAGAAUCAGCACUGGUGAAGUAGGCUCUCCUCGACUUGAGAGAGAACCAACAGAAACCCAUCACAGACCUCUAUAUCCACUUGGUAAGAGAAAUACUUUCAGUUACUCCUUGAGUUAGGCUGUGAGUCAACAACACUCAGUUUCCUUUGCCAAGGUUUAUCAUUUUCAAAAAAUUCUUUAAAUAUUUUCAUCUGUGGAAUGAAAUGUCUUUAUUGAAUUUUUUUGCUGCAGAUGUGGAAGCAAGAGAACCAAGAGAAAACACAGAUGAGGUUUUAAAUGAGAUGAGUCCACUUUACAGGGAGUUACUACAACAUCAAGUGAGUGCAAAAUCAUUCACCUUUGCUGAAGACCAGUCUCUAUUGAUUGAAGUAAACUGCUGCUCUUAAAAUAUUUAUAGGACUUGUGCUUCUGUUGUGAUGAUCAAUUUGUGUUUGACACUGCUAGUCUGCAUGAAAUAAUGAGAAACCUUAGGUCUGAAACUAAUCAAAAAUCCUUGAACAUUGAUAACCACAUCAUGUCUAUGAUCUUGAUUUUUAAGGUACAACAUAAGCUAAAUAAGUGAUGUAACCUGCCUAAAACACUAUUUGCUAUUUUUGAUUAAUGUUCUACAAGUAACUACAUUUUAAAACUUCAGAAAAGUGGAAGUCAAAGGAUUUCAGAGCCACCUGGCCAUUCAACUCCACCCAGGAGUUGUUAAUUUACAGGUUCUACCUUCAUAUUGGCCUUUUCUGUUUAUAUUUAGACACUUACAAAUAAAGACCUUUUCUCUGUCAUCGUGCAACUAUUCAAAAUCUGAAAAAAAUUUUUUUGUACUUUCUGGCAAUGCAGAGUGGAAUAAAAACUGUUGUCAUGUAAUUCAAGGCUUUAGUUAAAUCUGAGAAUUAAAUGAUGAUUGCAACUGUUGAAUCAGAACAGAAGAUUGAUGAUCUCCUAUCCAACAAAAAGUCUUCAAAUUUAUCAAAAUAGGUUGUGGGCUCAAAAUUUUUUCCUGUUAUCAUACUAUGCAUUUUGUUUUGAAUAAGUUAUGAGAAUUGGGUGUAAGAUUCAGUUAACAACUUCAACCUGAUAAGUUUGAGUAUUCUCUGUACCAGUUUGCAGGAUGAUGUAUGGUUAUUAUAGGGAGUUCAAGUUAAAUAUCAAUCACUUCCAGGGUUAGCCUCAUUUGUUUGGGAAUGGUUUUGCUUCAAUAUACAAGUUGCUCUAAAUAUACCAAUAUUACAAUCUAAAUCUAACCCUCUUGUGUUUCAAUAAUCUAAAAAAAACUUUUGUACAUGUACUACUUGUGGCAAUGGUGAGAUUUUUUUAUCUUAAACAUCUUGUUGAUGUGGCUGAUUUUUUCAGUGUCAAUAGCAAAACUAUUGAUUGAAAAUAGUCUUCAAAAGUCUUAGAUGUAACCUUUUAACUCCUAGAAGUGAUUAACAUGCAUCUUCUCUGUUAUGAAUUCAUUUAAUAUCUUUCAACAAAUGGGUAAUAAGAAUAAUCAAAUCUAUCAGGUGUUAGGUGUUAUCUUGAUCUUACACCAAAAAAUUCUAGUUACUAAUUUACAUGGAAAUGUUAGUAGUUGGAGGGAAGAAUAAGCAAUCAGAUACUGAGAGUUGAAGGGUUAGUGUUUAGUGGUAUUUUAGUAACAGUUGCUGUACUGAAUUGAUGUAAAUUUUUUGAAUUAGUUGUCUUUGUUGUGAGGAAGCAUUUUAUUUUGACUUCUAAUCAUUAAGUAUUCAUAAACCAUGAUAAUUAAGCACCCUGCUCACAGUGAACACAAGAAUUACCCUAUGGUGUAUUUGUAAACUCUUCCUGCAUUCUCAAUGAUCUGUAAUAGCUGUUUUCUUCAGUCUGUAAAUUAUAACUUUUAUGUAGGAUGUUAUUAGUUGUUCAAAAUCAGAUGACAACAAAACAAAACAAAACAUAUAAAAUAAAUUGCUUUCAGUUAUGAUGUAUUUUAGGUAAGUAAAACUAUGUUGGGUAUCUUCUUUAAAAUGUAGAUCUCCUAAAUUAUUUUGAAAUUAUUGUUGUUUUAGUCCAAGUUUUCAAAAGGGUGAGAACUCCAACAUACAUACAUAUGUUUCCUAUCCCCAAAAUUUUAACAACCCUUGUAAAACAUCCUCAGACAAGAACUUGUGUUAUUUAAAAUAUUGUGGCCAGUCUCUGAUGAUUUGUUCUUGUACUGUAACUUAUUUUUUCAACCAUUUAACAUAAAAAAAACAUUAAUUGAAGGUUAGUUUGCGUAGAAUUAAAAAAGAAAAAUUUAGCAUGCAUGUUGAUGAUGUAUUUUUCAAUUUUAAUUUCCAACUGAAGUAGGAAUCAUAAUUAUUGCCAUUGUAAUUAGCUUGUACUACUUGAGAUGUGAUGUUUACAUUGCCUCUGACUGAGUAACUGUGUAUCUGCCAGUGAGAGGAAAAACGUGUCCUCUCAUUAGCAGAUACAGAUAUCAGUGACUUUCUGUGAACAUGGUCAUGUUGAAUUUCUGAACAUAUUUCUUGAGAUAAAAUUAUUGUGGUGAAGAAGAAUUGCCAGAAACCCAUGCACUAGUAAACUUGUCGUUUAUGUGAAGUUCAGCAAUAUAAGUUUUAGGUCUUUUAAGAAUACACAGUCUACUAACAAAGCAGACUUUGGGUAAAUUAAUGAUCUUUAUUGAAGAAUUUAAUGGCUCAGUUAUUCAAGUUUAUAGCAUGCGAUGAAAUAUUGAGGUCUUAAAUAUUGACCACACUGUUUUUGAAUUUAGUACAAUGAGGUAAUUGCCUUCUAAUUAUUCUCUGAAUAAGUCUCUUUAAAUUCCUUUUAAUCAAACAAUAUCACCUUGUUGUUUCUAUGCAGCUUAGCCACGGUGAGCCCUCAUGGGUCCCUGGAAGUGGUGUUCAGUCACCUGUAAUGUCAGAAGUGGACUUCAGUGAUCUUGCUGGUCUGAGACAUGGCAAUGAGCCCUCUUCUCUGACACCUCAGCCAGAUUCCACGGAGGAGUUGUGGCCACAGAGUCCAAUCCUAGCACGUCCUGUCCCUUUACAGCCAGGACAUGAGGUGGAAGGCCAUCCAGGAGAUGCAUCUGAUGGAAGUGAUGGUGUUCUGUCACAUGCUGAUGGUGAAGAGGUAGAGGAUCAGGAUCAGGAUCAAAGUGGUAAAUUCUUUUGUACUCGCUUACUUUGACAUGUAUUGGCAUCCUCUCUAACUUUCUAACAUGAGCUUUACCAUAUUGUACCGAGAAUUUAUUCCAGCUACUUUAUACUUUACCCUAUCCAACAGAAGUAGUUACUUGAAGGUAGAGAGGGUAAAACUCCAAUUAACUAGAGGUGUCGAAGAACAUCUUGGCAGGAAUUUUUAUCCUGAGCCUUUUAAAAAGUGCUUACUAGAAAUUAUACAUUUCAUGGAAGCCAUUUGCAACCCAGAUUUUACAGACAUGUCAAGAUAGAAUCAUUAAGCGUACUAUCUAGAUAAAUUUGAACUACUACUUGCCGUAAUUGACGUGUUUAAAGACAUUUGUCAUUAGGGAGUUGAAUUGAUAGCCCUUGUUUCCUAUUCGUCACACUACAAGAUUGACUCUCUUUUAUAUUUUGGUGAUAACUGACAGACAAUGAAGCAGAGGAAGUACCGGAAAGUUCUCCAGUCCCAAGCAGCCAUAGUGAGCACGAAAGUCGAGUAUCAUCACGAAACAGCCCAGUUAGUAGGUUAGUAACUUUGUCAUUUAUUUAUUUUGAUUCACUAUUCUAUAAUACUGCGUUUAUUUUUGUUGAUAAGUUAAAGGACAUUUUAACUUCAUGUCCAUUUAACUUCCGAAAGUAUUUUUGUCAUUUGUGUUCACAGUAUACCAAGUGAAACAAGUGCAAGAGAUGAUGCUGUAAUAAGUCCCUUGCCAGAUGAGACCCUCAGGCAUGGAAGCCCACCCCCAAUAAGUGGAAAUCGAUUUGCCGAAGAACACACAAAUGAUGUUUCACCACACACAACUCCACGGAUCACACCAGGCGGAGAUCACAAUCAUACAGAAGAAACGGCUCGUGGAUCCUCUGCAGGUCAGACCCCUACUGAAGGUUCUGCUGUGGAACAUGCUCAUUCCUCUCCCAGGGCUAGUCCCGUGGGCUCUGUUCUAGAGACUGUCGCAGUUCCUGUCACUGAUACAAAUACAUCAAACCGUGCAGAAAUGCAUAGUGGUCGUGAAACCAACACUCCCCCUCCGAGACAAAGUCCUGCAGGAUCAGUACACAGCAGUUCCUUGUUUUCAUCUGGUUUACCAACUCCAAUUAUGUCUCCAAGAGAUCGCUGCCAGUCUGCCACCGGUAUGCCAUCCGCAUCAAGAGGGAACCCUCUCGGAUCUAUACACGUUCAAACGCAGCUUCCAUUAAGACCCCAGAGCCUAGGUGGUUCUGUAAAUCUCACUGACAUGGUCCCCAUCUCAUCAGACUUGUUAGUAGGUCUAAACCCUUCAUCACAGCAAGAAAGUCCGUGGAUACCCAUUUCUGGUGCAGAGGGGUCUCAAUCCCCUCCAGCCAUGAGGCGAAGUCCUGCAGGCUCCAUUCAUGAAUCCAAUUUCCAACUGCCAAGGGGAUCUGGAGGGGUCGAUGAUUCCAGCAGACACUCGAGCCAAAGGAAUACUCCUGUACUUUCCGUUCAUAGUGGAUCUGGAAGAGAAGCUAGUCCUUUGGUAGCUCCACCAAGGACUUUACCUUUGAGUGACGGUGGAAGUGGUAAUAGCACACCCCUAGCUCACAGUCCAAGGCAAAGGACAUCAGAAGGAGGGAGUCCGACUCAGUUUCUCAUUGAGGCGAUUUAUACACCGGCUGCUGAGUCAGGUACAUCGCCAUUGCCAACUGGUUCAGCAGUGGCAGCUCCCCUUGUUACGCCAUUAGCAAGUUCAAUGGGAGACCAAAGAAAAACCAGCACGCCUGUUGUGGAGGAUCCAAGACGUAGAACAUCAGGAGAUGAAAGCACAUCGGAACGUAUUCCAAAAAGCGAUCGCAAUCCACCUUUAGUCCCUUAUAAUGGUGCUGCCUCGAUACCGCCUCAUUUAUUGCCUUCAUCAAGUUCUAGGACAAGCCAUCGAGAAAGCGAGAAUAGUACUCCUGUCCUGGACCGUUCAAUUCAUAGAACACCAACACCAGGAAGCCAAUCGGAAUUUUUAGCAGAAACAGCUCGCAGACAAGGUACGCCAUCGGUUGUUUCUCGCCAUGGAUCGAUACCUAGCACUCCUCCAGUACUGCCACAAACAAGCCCAAGAGCAAACAACAGAGGCAGCGAGAAUAGCACUCCAACAGUUCGCAGCUCAGGGCAUAGAAGGUCAGGAGCAGGGAGUCCAUCAGAACUUCUCGCAGAGAUAGCCUACAGGCGAGGCACACCACCAGUUUCCAUGCAUGCCUCCCACGGCAGGAGCUCUAGCAGGCAAAGCUCGGCUUCGUCUGUCCACAGUCGACCUAAGCAUUCACCUCCUCGGGUCGUUUCUCCCCCAUUUCCUCGCGAAUCAGCCAUUCCAAGCCGUGUAAGUGCAUUCGCCACUGUGGAUGGACAGCGCGGACCAUCUUUAGCGGGAACAGCAUCAGAGAUAGAGGCUCUUAGAGCAGAAAGGGACUCGCUCACGAGGGAUUUAAGGCACAGGAUCGCAGAGCUUAGACAGGUUAAGUCCAAAAAUCAGGACCUUGAACAGCAGAUUUUGAGCAUUGAGGUAGGUUUAUUUCAGCUGUGCCUCAUCUAGUUGGGUGCAAAGGAAUUUUGGAUUGCCAAAAAGAAGUUCCCUACGUGAUUUACAUACUGAUUUCUGUAAAUGGGGUAUUCAUUAGUCGAUACUACAGUUUAUUUUUCUGUGGAAUUUUUCAGUCAUAAUGUUUACUCAGAAAUUUAGUGAACUAGACUCUUUUUUUGUUCAGACUGUGGCCAAUCUAACCAAACAAGAUGACGAGAAAACACGCGAGCUUGAGCAGACAGUGCAGAAUCUCAACCGAACCAUCCGCGAAAAAGACGAGGAAAUAAGCUCACUACAAGAGUCCACAAGGACACUGCAGCGAACAAAUCAGCAGUUGAAGGAGGAACUGGAGAGUUUGAAAACUGUUAAUGAGCUGCAACUUGAUGACGUGAAAAGAAUCAAUACAGAUCUCGAAAAGGAGGUUUGGAAACUUUUUGUGUAGUGUAUAUUUCUGUGGAAUUGCGUGUGGAAGCCAUCUUAGCUCUCGGUGUAUUGCUGUGAUCAGGUAGAGCCUGGAUGUCACACGCGGCUAACGUUUUACAGGGGGAAACUUAUCUAAUUUUGCUGUUAUAAGGGCUUUAAAGAGCUGGCAAGUCCAGAUCACUAAAAUCACAGCCCUUUUGGAAAGUAAUUCGUCUCAAGAGAAAAACAUACAUAAUUAUUUAUACUAGUAUUGAGGAUUAUUAAGGAUGGAGGGCAUUUAUACUCGUUGAUUAUUACAAACAAGAAAAAAUUUGGACUUCAGUGGUGCAGCACUGUCACUUUCCUUUGUUCAGUUGAUGUGAAAAAUCGUACUGCUGUUAAGGCGGGGCAAGAGAGGAUAAAGUGACUCACUUUAUUCUCUCUUGGGCAGGGUUACUUUUGGUAAGACACCUCACCUGUUGAAGUCAGUAGGUUACUGAAUCGCUAAACUCAUGGUUGUUUUUAUCUUUAAGUUGACAGUUGCACGGCGAUCUUUAGAAUCAAGCAAAGCUAAACGAGGGAGGGAGGAAGGAAAGGUUAUAGAGUUGAAAGCACUCAAUGAUGCGUUUGAGCAGCACGUACAGCGACUCGAAGAAGAAAAAACAGAUCUUCAAGCAAAAUUAAAGAAAGCCAAGAGGGAGAUUGAAACGAUGAAAGCUUUGGGUAGCUCAAGACUAGGCAAAGCCAAAAGUGAAACAGACCUGUCCAGAAAAUUUGACAAAUACACCGCAGUCGAUGAGCAUCGUUACAGAGAUCCACGAUCCUCAAGAACAGUUAACUUUGCCACCACGAGUCGCCACUCCUCAGCGCUCGGAAGCACUCGGCUUAGUUCGUGGGAUACGAAUAACACACGAUCGGCCGACAUUGAAGUGUCGUCUCCUGUGAUAAUGAACGGUCACGGUUCACUAAGGCCCGACACUAAUCCUGGCUCUUCUUAUACGUUUUUCCGGGAUACGCUCCCACGCGAGCCAUACAGCAUCAGGACUACAGUACCAAGGCACCGCAUAGGUUCCCUGGGAGAAGAAAGUGACAUGUCGGAUGAUCUAGAUCACGGUGUGGGUUACCUCACUGCAACCCAAUCAAAAUGGCGCCCACAAAGCCCUGACUCGUCAACAUCGUCUGUUAUUUCCUGGGACCGCGAUUACAGCACAGAUGAGUCAAGGUCGCCGAGAGCCAGCGCUUACAACCAAAGUUUGGCUCUCUAUCGUGAUGAUAGAGGUAGUGGGCGUAGAGCAAGGCCGCACUCGUAUCACGGUGGUAAGUGAAUGGAUGAUUGUAGUUUUUUGUGAAGAAGUUUGCACACUAACAACAAAGACGAUGAAUAACACUAAAAUUGACUCGUUAGAGUCGCUCUCUUUUUAAUCACAGUGUUUAUGUUUUCCAUCAUAACCUCAGGAAUCUUGGACAACCUGCACAGCAGCGAAGGCGGAAGUACUUCACUUCAUCAACGUUAUAGCGGUGCGUCAAGCUCCUCUACUAAUGCGAGAUUACUCACUUCAAGUCCUCACCCUCCCACAGCCGGCGCUUCUCGAUCAAAACUCUUUACGAAGCCUUUUGCGCCGACUUCAUGUGAAGAUGUCCAACUGGGUAUGGGAGUACUGGUGACUAGGUCACGUGGACAGAUUGCCCGUGGAGUAGUGAGGUAUGUCGGGCUGAUACCAGGCCGCAAAGAUACAUACAUCGGAGUGGAACUGGGACCAGGUCAAGGUAAGUACAUAUUGUCAUGAGGACACAUGCAAAUGGACUUCACCUGAGAUAUCUUUCUGACCUGUUUUUCUAUGAGCUAUGAACUGGCCGGAAAAUGUUCCAUUCAAACAGUCGACUCCAAAACCGCGAAAAACCUAAAAGAUCACGCCUUUUUCAUUCCCGAAAUCGAACUUAAAUUUCCUUUACGGGCGAUAAUGAUUCUGAAACGUCACCUCUGUAAUCGGGCUGAAAUUUCCUAUAUAAACACAAUAAUUUUUUUCUCCGUUAAUCAGACCUGAACUUGGUGGCGGCACUCAUGUUAAAAGGCAGUUAAUAUUUGUGUAUUUUCUCACGAGAUUACAGCUGAGAUUGGCAUUUUACAGACCAAUGAAAAUUGUAGAAAUUUACUUCACAAUGCUCUAGUUUAUAAUGAUAAGAUGCUGUUUGUGUAUGUGGUGUGUUCUUGGUGUCAACUGUUUAUCUUCGUUACCAUUUUAUCUAGAGGGUAAACACGAUGGAUCUCUUGAUGGAAAGAGAUUAUUUACCUGGUAAGUGCGAACUGAGAGAGUGACUACUCCUUAUAUAAGGUUCUCUUUACUUUACAUUUUCAAUUCUAUUUUAAUUCAUUCGCUGCCGAAUUUUUCUUUCGGGCUCGUUGAACAUUUUACACCCUGACAUCAGUGUCCAUAUUCUCCACACUUUUCUCCAUGCAUUUCCUGAGGUGCUUGCAAGGAGAAUUUGAUAAAAAAUCAAUGACUUCUUUGGUUGGUGGUGAUUUUGUUUAUUCUCUUUCAAGAGUGAUAUUUUAAGGAGAAGUUGGAAGCCAGUUAGGGGUUAAUGGGUUAAAACAGCAUGUCAGUUUUUUUACGCUGGUUGAGUUUGGUAAAGCUGUUAUGGUGGGGGUUAAAAUUUUUUCUAUUUUUCCUUUCUUCAGUAAACCAAACCAAGGCAUCUUCGUCACCUUCAACAAAGUAGUCAUGUGUUAUGGUUGAAGGUUAUACGUAAAAGCUCUACUUGUUUACUGCGUGUACGAAGAAGCUGGAUUGUGACUUUUGGAAAUGAGGCAUCCUGCGAAGAACCUUUUAAUCAACAAGGACAAUUCCAUUCAAGAUACAUUACAUAUUUACAACAGAUUUUUUCUUCGUGUCCCAAACAUAAAACUACACGAUCGUUGUGUUUUAUAUAAUUUUUUAGUGUUGUUAAAUGCAAACUUUUAGUAUUUAUUUUCUAAACGGGUGUUUUAAAAACAUGUCAUGUGGUAUUAAGGCUUCCUGAACGCCGAGAGGGUCUUACCCUCUCACUGAUAUUUUUUUUGUCCAGCUUCCCCGCCCGGCGUUUAGUUUUAAAUAAGAACACGCCAAUUUCAUCUAGGAGAAGGCCUCGUGUUCGGGGCUGUCGUAUAGAAUAAGACAUCGAGGGAAGUUAUAGUAUGGAACGUGAGUCCGUGUUUAUGCAUCUAACAGGUGACUAACGUAGCUAACAGACUUUCUUGCACGAUUGGUAAUCAGCGUAGAUUCGAAUGGCCGGGUAGGGAAGAAGUGAACUCUGAGAGGAGCAUGAAAGAGUCUACCAGACUAGUGAAACAGUCUUAUGGGAGCAAUCCUGAGAGAUACUUUUUCAACAAGCAGGGAAACCUGGAAUGGGUGGAUUUCUUCGUCAAGUUCUCCCUUUGUGUGUGUUUGCGUCAUACAUUUGUCAAUACUGUAUUUACGUGGGACGCCCAUGGAAAUUUUUACUUUUGUAGCCAGAAAAUCAUUUUAUAAAGUUUCCUUUUACUUGUAAAUUAACUGACAGGUUCCCGGAACGGGCAAUGACCCCAUCUCCGCAUUUAUUAAUGACGAGUUUUACAGCGUGUUGACAUUUGACCUAACUUUUAAGAUGCUGAUAAGUCAAUAUCGUACAUUCGUGGUAUAGAGGUAUAUUACGUACGUUGUAGGAAUCACCUUCAGCUUAACGUGUUUUACUGCUUGUAGACUGUAGGAAGGCUACAGGUGUUUUCCUUUCGUUCUUAUUGGUAUGGUGUUUUAAACCCAGUAUAAUCUAUACUUAAGCUCAAACGUGUUCAAGUAUUUUCACUUGUUUUCGAUUUUUAGAGGGAGCUAUCCUUAAAAAUCGAUAGACCGCCCGCAGCAUUUCGCUAUUUUUGUGUGUUCGCCUUUUUUUUUUUUAUCUGUUUGUUCCAUGAAAAGAUACAAGGGCGCAAUGAGGAGAACUGUAAUGGGGUUGAAGGUGGGAAUAAUGACGAGAUUUAUUUCUCGCCCUCCCCAACCGGGCCCUCAAUCUCACCUCUUACUGGUUGGUGGCUGGUUCUCGGUGUGUUAUGUUGUCAAGGUUUUCCAUAGUGGUUUUGUAUCCAAAGCGGACAGGUAUUCGUAUUGAUGCAAAGAAUACCUGCUAUCUUAACUUGUACAAUAGAAAGGUUAAAAUUAAGUUCAUGAUUAUAGGUUUGAUUGUAUUUAUUUACCCCAAUAAUAAUAAUAAUUCAGUCUAUACUCCCAAUUGUAAUGAUUCAUAUUAAACCGUGACAUUCUGAUUCUGUGCUCAUGCUAAAGACAGUUGAUUGCAAAGAAAUGGCAAGUUUUUCCCAGCCUCCAAUACCACCCACUUACGAUUCUCUCGUCAGGACCCAGCAUGUAAGAAAUUCUGGUUAGUGUGUUUGUUCCAUACGUCACUGUUCAACUCAGGUUAGUAAAGGUUAGGUUAGCCUUUGUAUCAUUUUAUAGGAGAACUGCACCCAACAAGAAGACACAAAUUGUACAAAUGGGGUGAGCAAGAGUUUCCCUUACCGAAAUAAUUGUGUCACUCGCUAAUUUUCAUGAUGCUCAUAUGAAGUCCUUUUUUCCCGAUCUGUCAAGAAAUUUAGCAACGAUAGUAGGAAGGAAAAAAAUUCGUUCAAAAGGUCGAUGACGGCAGGCGCUCUUCGAGUGUCAGCGGUUGCGAUAAUUAAGCAGCUGUAUAUUAUGUAAUGGUAUGAUUAUAUAACAACCUUUGUAACAACAAAGAUGGCUUCCCAAAUUCCCGGUAUAUUCCACUGCAUUUUGUCGCGCAUUUAUAGAAAUAAAACAUAUGCGAUGUUACAAGGCUACUUCUUAUUUACCAAAAAAUACCGUAUGCUAUGUACCUGGGAACGGAGCAUCAAGGUAAAGGACUGUUAUCUUCUUUUGGGAGUAGAUUGGAGCGCCACUGUAAUAGAUGUGCGAGAAGCUUAUCUGAAGCUCGCCAAAUUAUAUCACCCGGAUUGUGGAAGAAACACGGCUGAUGCAGCAAAAUUUUCAAAAAUAGAACAUGCUUAUAGAGUGGUCAUGGAUCAUGUAACAAGUGCGUCCCAGAAAGGCUCAGAAGUAAGCGAUCAAGAGUUCGAGAAGGAGAUAUUUGAUAUUCAUCACACGGCACCACAACAUAGGUACUGUCUUCCACCAACUGUUAUCAAAUUUACAAACAACGAGUGGGUAGAUGGAGAUCUUUUAGCAGCAGGAGGGGGAAGGUCGCUUAUUGUCAGCUCAGCUAAGUUAAUGUCUCUGAGACCUUCAAAUCAUUACCCAACCCUGUUUUAGACAAAAUGUUUUUUUUCCACUUCUUUGUCGAUAUAAUCAAUAUAAUUACCACUUUUUUUGUUUAAGACUAGGAAGGGUUGUAGGUUUUGAAUUCAGUAGACGUAAGUCGUCCUUUCACGAGCGUGGGUCAAAGAAAACGAAUCUGAGCCUCUUUAAAGCAUCGCACCUCACACCAGUGGUUCGAUUCCCGAUGUUGACCGUAUGAUUUUUGUUUUUCCCACGCUCAUGAAAAGACAAGUAGCCUUUUCUUUUUUCCGUUUUGUUUUGUGUAUGUUUUGAAGUAAAGCUUCAUAGGGGGAAAUGAACUCUUUUCAGGGCCAGGUGUCGCUAGAUUUGAUCUACAUUGCACUUAUGAAUUUUUGUCUUUUAUAUGAAAGUUUCCGGGGGCAAAAGUCAAAAUAAUCUGACAAAUCUUCAGUCAAGGACCGAUUUAAUUCAAGAAGUUCCUAACAUCUUCUAUCUAGCCAAAUGGAUUGAGAGGUCCACUAUGGUUGUUAGCUGGAUGUUUUUCUCAUUAGUCUUCAGUUCAACUUCAGUGACCUACUUGCAAUUAGAUGAGUGGUUUGUUUGUAGACAGGACAGUAACAUGAGAGUGUCCCCCUCACACCAUAAUCCUCCAGGUCUCCACUCUUUGCAUUGAUAUUACAUUCAUCUUGGAGGAAGUUGAUCACAAUUUUUUAAAAAUAAAUCAAAUUCCUCCACUGGAAAGUAGAACCCAAUUUGCCUUGCUUCCAACCAAUGGCUUUCAUAGCUUAGUUAUUAGUUGCACCUAACUAAUAUCUGGGAGGCACAGGUUAAAAUCCUGUCAAAGUCUAAAAUUUUUCAGGCUUCUUUCCUGCAAUUGCUUAAAUUGCAGCUCACCUGCAAGAAUCAUUUAUUUGCUUGAUUUUUGACUGCUGGUCAAAUGAAAUUUAUUUCAUCAAAAAUUGUGAUCACAUUCAUCGUCACCCUAAAUAAGGCUUUGAUGAAAUUUUUCUGGUAGUCUCUCACUUGAGUUAUUUCACCUUUUCAAUUUGAUUGUAAAAUUGAUUUUCAGGCAAUACUUAGAAUAUGAGGGAGUUGGAUUUGGCUCACCCUCCAAGAGACAGAAGCAGUAUCAACAGCACCGUGUGCAGAGAGCAUCAGACAAAGUGAUUGAUCAUAAAUAUGGGCAUUUGGGAGAGCAAGAAACAUCCAUUGCAGAACCUGAAAAGAGGGCUAUAAGAAGAUCAAAGCACUCCAAGGUCAUUGACAGACUAGUGGAGGACCUCAUUCAGGAGGCCAUGUCCAAAGGAGAAUUUAAAAACCUAGCAGGAAGUGGAAAACCACUUAAGCUUGAGCAGGAUGUCUAUAUUGGUAGGUAACAUACCCUUUUUAGAUUGGUAACGAGUUGCUUCUAUGGAUGUUGUGCCAAUGUAGUAGAUGAUUAGACAGCAAAGAAAUCUUCUGGUAUCAACCCUUGAUGAAGGUUGUGUUUAUUUGGGGUUGGAAUCAUGAUUCAUUCUCAGUCAUCUCCAUAGCAUGGCAGCCAUUGUUGCUGGUAUAAGAUUUGAGAUAUAAUGGUCAGGGAGAAAGAUUGAGACAGGGACUUCUCCAAACUUCCUUUCCCAUCUUUCCUUUCUUUCCUUCUCAUCCCUUGCCAUGUGUUAUCCAUGUGUUAUUAAUACAACCUGGCUGGAGUUAUUUUAGUUCUAAAUAAAUUAUUUUGCGGGCCUCAAAUAUUUUAUAAUAUGUAAUUGUAAUUCGUAGGAAAAGGGGUCAUGUCAUCGUUUUCUUAAUUAAUAUGUCAGUCAAUUAUUUAUUAUCUUCUUGAGUGCCCUUCAUUCAAUUUAAUUACAUACACAAUUUUUUUCAUUUACAUGAUGCUUUCAGAUUCAACAACUCGAAGGCUCAAUAAAGUAUUGAUUGAUUCAGGAUUUGCACCCGAAUGGAUUGCGCUUGAGAAAGAGAUCAGACUUGAUAUUGAGAGACACAGAGAGAACCUUUUGCAGAAACGAAAGAAACUGGGGCCUAGUCCUUUGACUUUACUUUCAACCGAUAAGUGGGAGCGUCAUCUUAAGGAAUUUCACGACAAGUUGCGGGACACUAAUAAAAAAAUCGAUAAAUUCAACAUGAUUGUACCCAUUCUAAAUAAACAAAAAGUUCACGCAAACUUUCAUAAGGAAGUCGAUAGAGUCGUCAAGAAUUACGGAUAUGGAAUAAUGGAAUCUAACGUCGAAGAGCCUCGCAAAGACGCCGGCGACGAGAAAAGGAGCGAUGAAUCUGAAAGUUUUACCUGGAAUUUCCUCCAGAAACUUCUGGGAAACUACAAGAUCGGGUUUCUGGAAAAAUUCACCGAAAGCGAAAAGACGAUAAAAUAG